GCUGUGCGUGUGACGUAAACUCGACGUGCAUAUUUUAGUGAGCAGAACCACAACAUCUCUCUUAAAGCGUGUUUACUGUGGACUGGGGUCGGUGCUGCGGGUUUCAGGAUGAACGAUUCCUUUUGACUCCACAGUUCGGUUCUUUUGGUCCGUGAGGUUUUACGCAGCGCGGCCGUGGAGCUCUGAGCUCUUUAUUCAGUUCUUUUUGUCACUAGCGCUGCCCGGCUCGCUCCCCUUGGAGUUUUUGCGUUUUUUUGUUUUUGUUGUUUUUGUGAUUAUGGCUCUAAAUAAGACGUACCUGCACGUGGCGUACGCGUGCGUGGGCGCGCUCGUGGGGUUUUCUGCCUUUUUGGUUUGGAACAUCGCGUACAGCCAACCGUGGACCGCGGCCAUGGGGGGACUCUCAGGUGUGCUUGCCCUCUGGACUUUGACCUCUCACCUCAUGUACCUUCAGGAUUUCUGGAGGACAUGGCUCAAAGGUCUUAAAUUCUUCUUCUGUGUUGGAGUCAUGUUUUCUGUUGUCGCCGUCAUCGCUUUUAUCGCCUUUAUCUCCAUCGCAAUCCAUGCCAAAGAAUCUCUUUCUGACCCUCACAGUCUGUAUCUCUCCGGUGUGUGGAGUCUGAUGAGUCUGAAGUGGGCGUUCCUUCUCUCUCUCUCGUCUCAUCGAUAUCGCAAAGAGUUCUCUGACCUUAGCAUCCUCAGCGACUUCUGACCCAAAAAGCGCCCCCCGUCUGUGACCCCUGAAAGCGCACCAUGUCUGUGUCGUCUGAGAGCGCCCCCUGUCUGAGAGCGGCCCCGUUUAAUACGCCGCAGUGAAGCAGUAAGCUUCUCUCCACGGAGACAAACAGGUGACUGUACCGGGCCAAGUCACAGGUCAGAUCUGUGGAGAGACGACUCUGCUCACAGUUUAUAUUGUUAAUUAUACGCUCAAAAAUGCCUCGCAAACAUUAAGCUCAUAAUUGAAUUAAUGCAAAAUAUAUAGGUUUAAUGACAUACUAUGGAAUAUUCCAGGCAAAGUAAUCAGGUCUCCAUGGAGACAAGCAGGUAUCAGAUCCCCACCAUAAAAGUUAGUGUAACUUUAAUAUGUCCAGAAUGUUUUAUAUUUUAUCUUUUGUUUGGUAAGAAUAAAAAUAGCAGUACACUGUUUCUCCUGUGUCCACCAGAGGGCGUUGUUACUCCAUUGUUCAUAACCCGGACAGUGUCUCAUCAAAUUUAUUCUAAAAGUAGUUUCAGUUUCAUUUUGUUUCAUUUAGAGAAGUUUGUAUCUCGUCACAUUUAUUUUAAAAGUAGCUUCAGUUUAUUUUUGUGAUGUUUCGUGGCUUCAUGAAAGUUUUUUUUUUUUUUGUGUGUGUGCAGUUUUCAUGCUUGUUUUGACUCCGAGUAAGAUUGAAUCUUAAAUAUUGUGUCAUUUCAGUGUUUAUAUUGCUCUUGUUUAUAUUAUCAUUGCUUUGUGACAUUUUAAACUUCAACAAAAUGAAAGUGUUUUUCAGUCAAAAUCUUAAAUGUGACGAAGUUUUGGUGAAAUAAGCCUGACCUGUGUCUGCAAAAUGUUCCGUGUUUGUGUAAUGUUAAAAAGAUGAAGAUGAGUUUGUUUCUGACGCUUUUAGUUUUUCGUCAGAUUAAAUGUGAUUUUUAAACAAAAGUUGAGUCUUGACUUUUCAAAUUUUUAAUUUGACUUUGUCACAUUUUAUCAGAGCUGUUUAUAUUUGAUGAUAUUGUUUUAAUCAAGGUGUAGAUCCACUCUGUAAAUAUCAGUUAUUAUGGUGUAUGUAUGUGUGGCCCAUUCUGAUUUAAACAAGGGUUAAUCAGUAUUAAUGUUUAUUUUUUAAAGAUUUCAUAAACCACCAAAACCC